UAUUAGUUAAUAAUUGUUAUGUUAUUCAACAACAAUCAUCAGCUGUCAGUCAAACCAUUAAUAAUAAUGGAUUUACCGGUAAUUGUAUUCAAACGAGACAUCAUUCAUCAUCUUCAGCAGCGAUGGUUCAACUAUCAGAUCUUACAGACAAAUAUAAGACACAGUUUAAAGUGACCCACUCGACCAGUCGUGUAGCCGAUCACUAUGUUUUUGCCAACAACGAGCUCGACCUGUCCGACAUCCAGGUCUACGGUUUUGACUACGACUAUACACUAGCCGUCUAUAAAGAGUCGCUUAAUUAUCUGAUCUACGAUUUGGGACGAAAUGUUUUGAUUGAUAAAUACAAAUACCCGAAAGAUAUCAGUCAAUUGGAUUAUAUACCGGACUUUGCUAUCCGUGGUCUGCAUUACGAUGUCGAGCAUGGAUUACUAAUGAAAAUCGAUUCGUUUCAUUUGAUCCAAUUGGGAAGUGUCUACAAAGGAUUGACACCUGUCGACGAUGAAGAAGUUCUCAGCAUUUAUAAUGGCAGUUAUGUUCCCCGAAAGAUCAUCAGAUCCACAGAAGGAGAGCAAAUACGAAUGAAACAAUUGAACGAUCUCUUCAGUGUACCUGAAAUAUGUUUGCUCUCUAAAGUUACCGACUAUUUCAUCAAAAACAAUAUCACAUACCAUCCGGAGAUUAUCUUUAAUGAUGUUCAGAAUGCAGUACAGAGUAUUCAUCCGGUAAUCCAUAAGAUGCUUAACGACCAGAUGAUCGGUCAGUAUCUGGAAAGACAUGACUCGCUCAUCACUUUUCUGAAUCGACUCAAAGAAAAUAAGAAAAAGAUGUUUCUCAUUACAAACAGUCCGUUUAAAUUUGUUGAUUGUGGUAUGAAGUAUAUGAUUGGCAACGAUUGGAUUCAAUUGUUUGAUGUGAUAAUUGUUCAGGCUGGCAAACCUAAGUUCUUCAAUUUGAAACACAAACCAUUCAGACUCUACGAUAUGAACAAUGAUUGUCAACUAUGGGGAAAGGUAUCAGCACUAGAAAAGGGACAAAUCUAUAUGGAAGGAACUGUUCAUCAUAUGCUUGAGAUGACCGGUUGGAAAGGCAAUACAAUUCUCUAUUUUGGUGACCAAAUCUAUAACGAUUUAGCAGAUAUUACGCUCAAUCAUGGCUGGAGAACAGGUGCCAUCAUUGCUGAGCUAGAAAGAGAGAUCCAGACAUUUAAUACACAAGAGUUCAGAGAAACUGUUAGUACAUUGCAAGCAUUGCAGCUAUUGAUCGACGAAUCGCACAAAACAAAUGACAGUAUUUUAUUGGACGAACUGAUCCAACAAAGAGAUAUUAUGAGAGCCCGAUCUAAAGCACUGUUCAAUCCACAGUUCGGUAGUAUAUUCCGGACGCAUCACAAUCCGACAUACUUUUCCCGUCGUCUGUUCCGUUACUCCGACAUCUAUAUGUCGUCGCUGACCAAUCUGUGUCACUAUUCGUUGAAUCAUAUAUUUUGUCCGCGAAGAGGUCUGUUACCACACGAAACACAUGUAUGUCAGGUCAAUAUAGAUGAAGAAAUCAAAGACAAUCUACAAAAGUUCUAAACGUAUCGUGUACCGUUGGGUGGUUUCAGCGAUCGGUUGUUUGCAAACAAUUUGGACUCAUUUAGUGG